AAGAUACGAAAUAUGAGAUAGAGAGAGAGAGAGAGUGGUGUAGCUGUUUCAUGCUGCUUUCACACAUCCUAUGUCGUUAUGUGGCUGAGGAUUGGGUCCACCGACCCGUAGGCCUUACCCUCUCUCUCAUUCAUUAAUUUUUGCUAGUGUAAAAUUUUCAUUUAUGACAAGGGAGAACUGAGCAAAAUCUGGAAAAGCUUUUCAAGAGAAUAAAAGAAAAAGGGAAAAAAAAAAAGGAAAUGUUUUGUGAGUAUGUGUUGGUGUAUCUGCAUGACACCAAAUCAGUGAAGAAACUGAGUAAUAUUGUUGCCAGCUCAAAUUUCUCAUUUAUAACAAGCCAACCUGCGGAGAAUAUUAACACCAGGGCAGUGUCUAUGGAGGAGUUGAAUAUUUGCUAUUGCUAUUAAUUUCUUCCUCUUCAAUUCUCUUUAAUUCUGAUUCAGUUGUGGGGUUCAAGGAGAAAAGGAUACUCCCAGACCAAACAGAAGAAGGUUAAUUUUGUUAUAUAUAGAACUUGCUACAACACAUGGCGGCAUCAUCUUCCUCAGCAUCACUCUUUGGCUUUAGAGAAGAGGAUCAAAACCAGAUGAAGCAACAGCAUUCCUUGACACCAUCUUCGUCUGCAACACCAGCUGCACCACCACCCCAGAAGAAAAAGAGAAACCAACCUGGAACUCCAUAUCCAGAUGCGGAGGUGAUAGCACUAUCUCCCAAGACCCUAAUGGCAACAAACAGGUUUAUAUGCGAAGUGUGCAAUAAAGGGUUUCAAAGGGAGCAAAAUCUACAGCUUCACAGAAGAGGACACAAUCUGCCAUGGAAGCUGAAGCAGAAGAGCAACAAAGAGCCAAAGAGAAAGGUUUAUCUGUGUCCUGAGCCCACAUGCGUCCACCAUGACCCUUCAAGGGCUCUUGGAGACCUCACUGGCAUUAAGAAACACUACUCUCGCAAACAUGGUGAGAAGAAGUGGAAGUGUGACAAGUGCUCCAAGAAAUAUGCUGUUCAAUCAGAUUGGAAAGCCCAUUCUAAGACUUGUGGCACCAGAGAAUACAGAUGUGAUUGUGGUACACUCUUCUCCAGGAGGGACAGUUUCAUCACCCACAGGGCCUUCUGCGAUGCACUUGCUCAAGAGAGUGCAAGACAUCCACCAAACCUUGGCGCCGCCAUCGGCACCCACCUCUUCGGAACCACCGCCAACACCAUUCCUCUAAACCUUUCUCAGGUUGCUUCUCACAUUUCCAACAUCCAAGACCCCAACACCCAGCCAACAGAACUCCUCCGCCUCGGUGGCGCCGCCGCAAGAACCUCCCAAUUCGACCAUCUCCUAGGUUCUCCCUUCAGACCCUCCCAACAACAACCACCCUACUUUAUGGAACCUAACCAAAACUACCACCCCGACCAACAACAACAACAAGGGCUGCUCCAAAACAAACCCUUCCAACAAGGACUGAUGCAGAUCCCCGAUCAUCUCAGCAACAGCAACUCACCCUUCAACCUUCCUUUCCUUUCAAACACCACCAACAAUGCUUCCUUCACUGAAAACUUCAACAAUACCAACAACAGCAGCAACAACAACGAGAGCGCUAACUUCUUCACAACUUCAAGCGCUCCCUCUCUCUUCAGCAACAACAACAACAACGCUGUCAGUGCAAACGCCAACGCCAGUGCACUAUCUCACAUGUCCGCAACUGCACUGCUUCAGAAAGCCGCACAAAUGGGUGCGUCUUCGAGCAACAGCACAGCUUCGCUGUUGAAAAGCUUCGGAAGCGCGUCCUCCAGCAGCGGCUCAAAAUCCGAGCAACACAGGCCACUGGUGAACGCUGCAAACUACGGCGGCGGAAUCUUCGGAGGGAACGUGAACGAACAGGGUAACAGCAACCUUCAAGACCUGAUGAACUCGUUCGCUGUUGGUGGAAACUCUUCCAUUUUUGAAGGUGGGUUUGAAGCGUAUGAUCAUAACAGUAAUAAUAACAACAGGGAGGGAAAAGUGCAUGCAAUGAGUGGAAGCAGUAGCAUUGGGGGGUCCGAUAGACUCACCCGCGAUUUUCUGGGUGUGGGUCAGAUUGUUAGAGGCAUGAGUGGGAGUGGAGGAGUUGCACAGAGAGAACAGCAGCAACAACAGCAUGGCUUCAACUUGAGUUCUUUGGAAGCAGAUCAACGAAAUAACAGUAACAGCAAUAAUAAUAACAAUGCUGCGCCGUCAGGUCAAGCUUUUGGGGGUGGUGGAGGGAAUUUUCAGUGAGGAAAAUCAUCGAACAAAAGUACAAAGGUACGUCAUCAACUCAAAAGCAUUGUACUGUAUAUUAAUUAGUGAUAUGUUAUGAAUAAUGAUCAUUAUGGUGUUAUGAUUCUACGUUGUGAUUAGGGGUUGCAUUUUCUUGUGUGUUUUGAUGUGAUAAAAAUAAGAUGAAAUUGAAGUGGUAGAGAAUGUGAUGUGAGUGUAUAAAAAAUCUGUGUGUGAAAUAUGAUUACUCUGGUUAGAAAGAAGAUGCUGCUACUUUUGAGAAAAGGGGAAAAUGAGUGUGUUCAGAAAAAGAGCGUGUGGUCUGACAUGUUGUCUUGCAUGGGGUGGACAACGACGUUGUACAGUACUUUGUUUCUUCUCUUGUCUUCUCCUUUUCAUUUUCUUUCAUUUUUGGAUAUAUUUUGGGUUGGCAGAGUCACGAGUGUCAAACUGGUGGACCCUCACUCAACCAAUACAAUACCUGCUCUUAUCAACAUGUUCUCCCACUGUCAUAUAUAUAUUGUUAGAUAUAUUUAUCAUUAAUUUCUCGAAAGUCUUGCAGAGAAUGUUUGAUCU